UCUCCCUCCACAUCCACCGGGCGGACCUCUCUCUCUGCCCGGCAGACUCUGCUGCUGCACCCGGUGAAAAAAAAACCCAACAACCACUGGUGCUCAGGAGAGAGAUUGAAGGAUAACCUGCGCUAAACUUGAGCUUUUCUAAAGGAAUAAUUAUUUUAAAGUAGUAAUUAUGUCAGAGCAGUGUUUUGGGGCCGGGCUCACCUCUGUGUGAAGUGGUACAGUCCCGUUAGUCGCAGCAGUCCGGAGCCCUGUGAGCAGACGACGAGAGAGGCAACAUGCGGAUAAAGUGCACUUUAUUGUGAAAACGGACUGUAUAAUGAACUUUUACCUGCUGGCUAUUUUGCUGGGAGCAUUUGUGUGUGUGUCUGAUGGCGUGCAUGUCACAGUGCGGGAGAAGCAGCGCAUGGGGAUGCUCUUCCAGUCUGUUGUCCUCCCCUGUCAGUACCAGACGGCCUCCUCUCAGACCCCGGUGGUCCAGUGGUGGUACAAGUCCUACUGUCGAGACCGUACCCGAGAGUCCUUCACCCUGCCGGAGAGUCUCGCCGUCCAGGCCUCGGAGUUGGGAGCCUCAUCCCACCUGGAGUGCUCGGACAGCGGGCGCACCGUCCGGGUUGUAGCAUCAGCGCAGGGAGCCUCCAUGACGCUGGCUGAGCACUACAAAGGCAGAGACAUCGCCAUCAUAAACAAAGCAGACCUGCGCAUCGGGGAGCUUCAGUGGGGCGACAGUGGAGUGUAUUUCUGCAAAGUCGUCAUUGCUGAUGAUCUGGAGGGGAAGAAUGAAGCCCAGCUGGAGUUACUGGUACUCGAGUGGGCGUUUGUUGGAUCUGUAGUCCUCGGCAGUGUGCUGCUCCUGCUGCUGUUAGGGAUCUGCUGGUGCCAGUGUUGUCCUCACUCCUGCUGCUGCUACGUCAGCUGCUGCUGCUGUCCCGAAACCUGCUGCUGUCCCCGACACUUAUAUGAGGCAGGGAAGAUGGCAAAGAGAGGACUGCCUGCUCCAGUUCCUGUGUAUCCGUACUACAUUCCUGGUGUCCCGUCCGUGGUUCCUCUUGCUCCCUCGUCCCAUGUGGAGACAAAAGUUGCUUCUUUACCCUCAGUGGAGAAUAACCUGGCUGGAGCCAGUAGCCUCUCAGAGCUAAGCUCUCUGCACGAUGGAGGGACAACUGACUUCAGGCACACCUAUCAGACAGUCCAGAUGAAGGCGCUCCCACCCAUCGCAGACCUCGAUGACCAGACAGUGAUGAGAGCAGCUCCACCUGCACAGAGUCGAAGGCCCAGACGGGACAGAUGCAACCACUCAGACGAUGAGCUGGACAGAAGGUGGAACACUCGUUCAGAGCACCUUCAGAGAAAGACUUUGGGCAGACGGGGGCGCACCGGCUCUCUAGAUGAGCUGGAGGAAUUUGCCCAGUCUUACGGCUCACGUGGUCGUAAGGUUGACCCUCCAGACCGGCUCUAUGAGCGGGAUUACAGCCCUCCCAGGCGCUUCUACAGAGAGGAAGAUAAUGGAUGGCGCCGUCGCAGCCCGUCACCUCCGCAAAAGAGAAGGGACACAUGGGACAGUGACCGGCCCUCUCGACCGCCCCAAAGCAAAGGAUAUGACAACGCCUACCUCAACAACGUGCUGGAGAGCAAGGCGAGGGGGCGAGCAGGGGACAGAGGUGGCGCUAGACCGGACGAGGACAGUGACACUCCCUCUAAAGGCAGCUCCAGAGGAAAAGGCAGUGAUAGUUACUACAGCCGUUCGCCGAGCAACCGUCCAGAGGAGGAGGACGGUUUGCCUCCGUACUCUGAGUGGGAGGCCGAGCGGUACCGAAGGGCCGAACAGAACACAGACCGGUACCGUACAGUAGAACCUCCACGCUCAGAGCGAUACAGGACCGUUGAACCAGCCAUGAGGCCGUUCUGUUACACUCGCCCCACCCAGGGGGUGUCCCAAACUCUACAAGGGGUGAGAGAGGAGAGAGAGAGGAGUCGAAACAUGGUGAGUUACUUGUAGCAGGAAAAAAGACUUCCUCCCUCUGCAGCUCUUCAGGAAAGAGCCUCUUCAUUCUGUGAAUAGUAACAGGAUGAGUCCUUCUUCUAAAUGUUGCUUAUUGUCGACAAAUCCCAUGAAAAGUCCAAAAUAAGAACAAACUUGAGUGAUGUUUGUGUAACCGAAGCCAGACAUAGCUGAUUCCUCUGUGCUAUAGAGUUUUGUUAUCAUCCCCUAAUGUUACAGUGAAAUUACUAGGGAUGUCCCGAUCAGGGUUUUUUGCCCCCAAGUCUGAGUCCGAGUCAUUUGAUUGUGAGUAUCUGCCGAUACCGAGUCCCAAUCCGAUAGUUCUAUAAUACAUUAAAAAAUGAAGAAGAGAGAAGAAACAGAUCCAGGAUGUCCCUUAUUUUUUUUUAUUUCAGCUUAUUUUAUCAUUUAACACUUAUAAACAGGGCACUUCUGUGCGGUAGCUUGAACAAUCAAGUAAUAACAAAUACAAAUAUAAUAGUAAAAAUAAAAUUCUUCACAUUGUAGUUUAGUGCAACAGUAUAUAUUAAAUAAAAAUGUCUAAUGUAAUUACGAACAGCAGCUCAACUUAAACUUCUCAAGCUCAACUUCCGAUUGAGUCAGAAACCACGUGAUCGUAUCGGGACAUCCCUAGAAAUUACUGUAAAAAACCACAAACAGAAAACACAUUUCACUUAUUAAAAUCUUAAGGAGUAAUCUCAAAGCAAGUAAGUACUGAGAGAAGUUUUUGGUUUUGGUCUUUUAAUGAGAUCUGAUGGCGAUAAAAAAUAGAAUAAUGCCAGCUUUGUGCUUUGAUGUUGAAAAUGUUUAACAGUAUUUUGAACAUAAUCUGACCGUUUCUUGUGUAAUGUACAAAAUUUGUGGUCUCAACACUGGAUCAUCAUAAUUAUGUGCUAGUUCGACUUAAUCUGCAAUGAUUUUCUGUAUAAUUUGUGAUAAAUUGCAUUUUCUAUAACCCCAACCCACGCUGUAUAAUCUCUGCAUAUGCUUCUAGCGCUCAGUAUCACAAGUGCUUACUCACUCUAAAUAUGUUAAUCUCUCUGGAAUCACUUUAACAGUCACGAAUACUAACACUGUGCUUGAGCUGCAUAAUUUCCUCUAAAACACCCGGCUGGACUAACCUAACCACCUGCAUGAAUUCAAAGUCUCUAACGGUGUAUUUCUUUAACAGAGCACUGCACUGAGCAGAGACACUCUCAUAGUGUGACAAGGUUUGCCAGCCUCCACCCAUUCAGCACUGCCAAUCUGCUCACACACACACCGUCCUGUUGCUACACAGGAGAGGCUAACUGUUCUGCCAUCAGCCACAUGAAGUCUGAAACGUCUGGCUGACAGAUCUGCAGCUGAAUAUGCUGAAAUAAUGUGCACAGAAAGCAUGUGCAAUCUUAUCUGCUAGUACAGGAUGUUUUGCUCAUUUGCAUGAUUCAUAUUAUCUGUGUAUUUAUAUGUAGUCUGCUGAUGUUGUGUAUGCUGAGUCAGUUUCAGAGUGACUGAACUUACUUAAACCAGUGCCAUAAUUUACUGUUUAUUUUGUAACAUCUAACAGGACAUACAGUCUUAAUGUCUCACUCAGUUUACUGCAACUCAGGUUUACUUUGUAUUUUUGUGCUUUUGAUACCAUUCUUCAUGUUCAAACUGUACCUUGACUUUGUUUCAAUUGCACUGCUUAAAUAUUUUUUGAAUAAUAAAAACUCCAUGAAGUCUUCACUGUC